GCGCUUGUGGGGAACGCGGUAAGAUAAGGGAUGAUGUAAUCAAUCAGCACCACCACCGAUAAGAUAUUGGCGAUAAGGCCCGCUGUAAUUUUUUUGCAGACCGCGCGCCAGAGGGCUGGGAUCGCGGACUUUUGCUUGGAUACCUAUUGUACAACGACAGUUGCAUUACCGCCGACCACGAGGCUACCGACAAGGCUGCAGCAGAGGAAUUGCAUCUUGCUCUUGCUAGCACUUACCGAUUUCGAGGACCCACCGUCUACCCAUACUUCAGUUCUAGCAGCCGCCAUGGCUCCCGAAAAACGAAACAAGUUCCUCGACGCAGACGAGAGCGACGACGACCUCGACCAGGGCUACGACUCCGAGGCCGAGGAGCUGCGCAAGGGAGGCCGCAGCGCCAAGAGGCGCAAAGUCGACAGCGAGGACGAGGACGACUUCAGCGACGAGGAGCACAAUGUCACAAAGGACACCGAAGACGCAGCGAGCGACGACGACGACGACGAAGAUGCCGGCGAAGAUGCGGAAGCCUCAAUCUCAACCAAGAAAAAGCCCUCAAGCUCGGCAACAAAGCUAGACCUUCCCGACGUCUCCAAGCCCCUCACGAAAAAGAACCUCGUCGCGACGGAAGAGGCCAUCAAGAAGUCCGGCGUCGUCUACAUCUCCCGCAUCCCGCCCUUCAUGAAGCCCCAGAAGCUGCGCUCCCUCCUCGAGCCCUACGGCAAGAUCAACCGCAUCUUCCUCGCGCCCGAGGACCCGACCGCGCACGCGCGCCGCGUCAAAGCCGGCGGCAACAAGAAGAAGUCCUACACGGAAGGCUGGGUCGAGUUCAUGCGGAAAAAGGACGCCAAAGCCGUCUGCGAGCUGCUGAACGCGCGGACCAUCGGCGGCAAGAAGGGGUCGUACUACCACGACGACAUUUGGACGCUAAAGUACCUCAAGGGGUUCAAGUGGCGCCACCUGACAGAGCAGAUCACGGCCGAGAACGCGGAGCGGACGAGCAGGAUGCGGGCUGAGAUUAGCAAGGCGAGCAAGGAGAACAAGGAGUUUGUGCGCAAUGUGGAGAGGGCCAGGGUGUUGGACGGUAUUGCUGCGACGAGGGAGAAGCGCGGCAAGGCGGCUGCGUCGACGACGGAAGCGGGGGCUUCUUCUGAUGGUGGUGCGGCGGCGGCACCGGCGGCGGAGGCGGAGAAGCUGGACAAGAGGCGGACGGUGUUUAAGCAGAUACCCCUGGCGGAUAGGAAAAGCGAGGCUGGCUCGGGUGCGAAGCCGGCAGGUGAUGUUGCGAGGGUGCUCGGAAAGAUCUUCUGA